AUGAUCAAUGAGUUGAGGGCCGCCGUGCUUAUCGACCUCAGCGGGGAUCGUGUCCGAUUCGGGCGCUUUUCCGCUGGAGAGCUGUUGCACGGCCCUGAUUGUUUCGUCGAGAGAAGGCGGGACGUAAAUGUCGACGUUGGUCUCCACUUGCGGCAGACGGGUGACGACGGCGUCGGAUAUGGUGGAGGGGCGGUUGCGGAUGCCUCGGGAGCGUUUGGCUCAUCGCUGCGGAAUUUGUCUUCUCAGUGAGUAUGCUGCUGCCAUCGACGCUGAGGAGAGGUGCAGAAUCAUUUUUUGGCGGACCGUAGACAGCUUUAAUCGCGGAGGAGACGUUCUUAAAUUCUUUACGGUCCGCGUACCCUUGGAUUUCCACGGUCUUUUGAGCCGAUCAGGCGUCCUGCAUCUCGCGCAGUCACUGUUGAACGAGGCGACGACUACGGUAGAAGGCAACCCUGUUGUCAUCGGUGGAGUAGUCGACGUUGGCUUUGUGCAGGCGGUAUUCUUGGCGAGAAAGUUACUGAAGGCGGCGUCGUUGUCGUCGAACCAGUCCUGGUAUUGGCGGCGUGCGCGACCGAGGACGGCUAGCGCCGUCGACUGGACCGUGUCUCGCAGUUGACACCAUCGGUUUUCCCCGGAGACGUUCUCACCAGCGGCGGCGGCGGCAGCGAUGGGGAGGUUGUCUGGCCGUUGAGUUAGUUCGUUGCUGAAAUGGACAAGGUGAGCAGGCAAAGACAACAAGGCAAUAUUCAGCUUCCCUGGGGGUCGCUUAGCUUGUGGUCUCCUGCUAGGCUGUGGGCGAAUACGCAUCAUCGAGAUGACGAGGCGGUGGUCGGUUCACCCGUCAGCACCCGGAAUCGUUAUUUUCGCCAGCACUUCCCGCUGGUCUCGCCUCCGGACGAGGACAUAGUCCAGCAGGUGACACUGAGGCGACCGAGGAUGUAUCCAGGUGUCCUUCCCUCGCUGUGGCAGACGGAAGAAGGCGUUCUUUGGGAUGAGCUUGUGUUUUGUGCAGGUGCGGAGAAGGAGCAGACCAUUGUCAUUAAAGUCGUGGAGGCCAUGGGUACCGAUCACACUUCUCCAGGCAGCAUGGCCUGUGCCUACGCGGGCAAUCAAGGACAAUCAACUUGUCCGCCCUCGAUACAGUCGCCAGGAGGGCGUGCAGGUCCUUUUAGUAUUUGUCUCCAGCGGCGUCAGGGCUGGUCUUUGGAGAGCGUAGGCGCUGAUGAUGGUGACAAAUUCGCCUCCUCGGAGAGGCAGGCAGGAGCUCAUCAUACUGUCCUUGAUGCCCUGCGGCCGAUAGGCCAGUCAUCCUGCGAUUCCGUUCUGGAUGACGAAGACGACAUCCGCCAUACAGUCUGA